CCCUCCGAAAGUGCUGAUAGGUAAUGAUGAUUUGGGCGGAGUGACGGGAAAAGUUUGAUCCGCAAUUAUCACAUGACCAGGCAGAAACACCCCGCGGCAAAACAUUCUCACCGCCUUGGAAAUUCCAAAGCAACCGCCAAACAAACUGCCCGACCUGGAAUAAUAAUCGAGCUGGGCCCGCAUUUUUUUGUCCUCACGACUUUCGCUUUGCAUAUAUACAGGGAAGCACUUCUGUUGUUGGAACUGAAUCCUCAUCUCCUAUAAUUAAAUUGAUUUUACAUACUUUCUUUCCCCUUCUCUAACCCCUUACAUCUCCGUCAUUUCUCUCACCUUCUCUCAGCACAUACCCCUCUCCAACCAUGGCGGAUGGUGUUGGAGCUGUUGCCCAGCUCCUGGAGGCGAGCUUGGAUCCUAGACAAAAUAAACAGGCCGAACUUGCGCUUCGCCAGGAAGAAAGAAAACCUGGCUUUUCCCUACAACUUCUCCAGAUCACUGCGUCCACUUCCUAUCCCUACAAUACUCGUCUGGCUAGCGCACUAUGUUUCAAGAACUUUAUCAAGCGGAACUGGGCCGAUGAGGACGGAAAUUAUAAGCUCCAGCAGUCGGAGGUCACGACCAUCAAGCAAGAGCUCAUUAGCUUGAUGAUUUCCGUGCCACCGGGUAUCCAAACUCAGUUGGGAGAAGCUGUCAGUGUGAUUGCAGACAGUGAUUUCUGGGAGAGAUGGGAUACACUCGUGAAAGACCUUGUCUCGAGACUUCAACCCGACAACCCGUCAGCUAACAAUGGCGUACUACAAGUUGCACAUUCGAUCUUCAAGAGAUGGAGGCCAUUGUUUCGAUCUGAUGAACUUUACAGAGAAAUUAACCAUGUUCUGGAUCAGUUCGGAAACCCUUUCUUAGCCCUGUUCCAGGGCCUGGACACUUACCUCGAGGCGAACAAGUCCAACAAAGAGCAGCUUGUUCAAGGAUUUACACAGCUCAAUCUCAUGCUCAAGCUGCUUUACGAUCUUUCCUGUCACGACCUUCCUCCAAUGUUUGAAGAAAAUCUGAAUGGGAUCGCGUCGCUUUUGCUGAAAUACCUGACAUACGAUAAUCAAUUGCUUCACACUGAUGAUGACUCUGAGGCUGGUCAGCUGGAAUUCGCUCGGGCGGGGAUUUUUGAAGUCUUGACACUUUAUGUGCAGAAGUAUAUGGACGAGUUUAACCCCUUCGUUCAACAGUUUGUGGAAAGCUCUUGGAACUUCUUGACUACAAUUGGGCAAGAGACUAAGUAUGAUAUUCUGGUUAGUCGCGCGUUGAAGUUCUUAACUUCGAUUGCGGGAAUGACCGAACAUGCAUUGGUUUUCCAAGCAGAGGGUACUCUUGCCCAAGUCAUCGAAAAGGUUAUUUUGCCGAAUGUCAGCCUUCGUGAAUCAGAUGAGGAAUUGUUCGAAGAUGAACCGAUCGAAUUUAUUCGACGAGACCUUGAAGGGUCGGACAGUGACACCCGACGACGAGCCGCGACUGAUUUCCUGAGGAAAUUGGCUGAAAAAUUUGAGGAGUCUGUUACCAAGACUGUUCUUCAAUAUACUGAGCACUACCUGAAUGAGUCCACAAAGAACCCGUCGUUGAAUUGGAAAGCAAAGGAUACUGCAACCUAUCUCUUUUCUGCGAUUGCGGCGAAGGGAGUUGCCACUGCCAGCCACGGAGUCACGGCCACAAACGGACUUAUAAGUAUAACCGAUUAUUUCCAAAAACAUCUCGCUGCUGAUCUGGUUGCCGGUGAAGGUGUACACCCUAUUCUCAAGGUUGAUGCUAUCAAGUAUCUGUACCUGUUCCGCAGCAUCAUAACAAAGGAGCAAUGGCAGGAGGUGCUUCCAUUAUUGGUGAAUCACCUUGGGUCUUCGGACUAUGUCGUCUAUAGUUAUGCAGCAAUUGCAGUCGAAAGAGUGCUCUACUUAGCAGAUGGUCAGGGCCAGCCAAUUAUCUCGCCGGAUACUAUCAGGCCGUUAGCCAAAGACUUGAUGACACACAUUUUUGCACUAAUUCAAAAGGACCCUGCACCCCAGAAAGUACAGGAGAAUGAAUUUUUGAUGAGAUGUGCUAUGAGAGUGUUGAUUGUCGUGAAGGACGGUGUAGUCCCCUACACUGACAUUGUUCUCCAACAACUGGUCAACAUUACUCAAAUUAUCAGCAGCAACCCUAGCAACCCGAGAUUUUACUACUUCCACUUUGAGGCUCUGGGUGCUUUCAUUCGCUUUGCGGCACCCGCGAAUCCCGACAAGCUCGAACAAGCUCUCUACCCACCUUUCGCUGAAAUUCUGCAAGGAGAUGUUCAAGAGUUUAUGCCAUAUAUCUUCCAGCUCUUUGCUGCUCUUCUUGAGGCCAACCCGUCCGGAACACUGCCUGCCUAUUAUCAGAAUCUGAUAGCCCCUAUCCUUAUGCCAGUCAUGUGGGAAUCGAAAGGAAAUAUUCCGGCUCUCGUGCGACUCCUGUCGUCUAUUAUCGGUCGUGGCUCGCAGUACAUCAUUGAGAACAAUCAGAUCGUACCCACGCUUGGAAUUUUCCAAAAGUUGUUGGCCACCAAGGCCAAUGAGAGCUAUGGGUUCGACCUCCUGGAAUCUGUGAUUGAGUAUUUCCCAUCAACCACACUGGAGGCGUAUUUUACCGAUAUCAUGCAGAUCAUUCUCACUCGCCUACAGAAUUCCAAGACCGAAAACCUUACCCUCCGAUUCGUCCGCUUCUAUCAUUUCAUGUGUGCAAAUGAUGCCAAGGGCUAUAGCGCCGACUUUGUUAUCCAGGUUGUCGACAAAGUGCAAGCUGAUUUGUUCACACCAAUCUACCUAAACGUUAUUCUGCCAGAUACACAAAAGCUUGCGCGCCCGCUUGACCGCAAAACAGCCGUUUUGUCAUUUACCAAGACUCUGGCUAAUUCCGAAGCCUUUGCGAGUCGGUACAAGAAGGGUUGGGGUUUCACGUGUGAAGCUCUUCUCAAGCUUCUGGAACUACCACCCGUUCCUACCAGCAAGGACGAUGUCAUUGCCGAGCAUGAUGUCGAAGACAUGGCGUUUGGCGUUGGAUUUACCGCCCUUAACACCGUGCGACCGCAGGCUAGAGAUCCUUGGCCGGAGACAGGGGCUGAUCUGAAGAUCUGGGUUGGCAAGUAUCUAAAGGAGGCAGAUAAAAAGCACAACGGACGCAUUUCUGCGUUUGUCCAGGAACGAUUAGGAGCGGAAGCAAAGGCUGUACUUGGCAGCUAUAUUGCAUAAAGUGUACCUAUUUGAAAUGGCAAUAGACCACUUGAAUCUUUUGUUGGCUAUGAUGGUUAAUUUGAUUAUCCCGACGCACCGUGAAUAUCUUAUAUGUUCCCCCCUCAAAAAAUCUUCACAGGCAUAUUAUUAUGAAUCAAGAUUCAUGCAUUUCGCAAGCGGUAGCCUAUUUCUACAUAGACCCAUAUACAGUCGGGAUUAUUGGUACAACAGAUGUUGCUAAUAGUACGGAAAGAACUUGGAUUUAUCGUCCAAGAGAGCUGACGAAUUGAGGGGUCCCCUGGGUUGUGUUGGAUC